AUGCGUUCGCCACAUACGUAAUACGAAAAAUAUUUGUGCCGCAAAAAUUGUGUCCAAAUUGUUUGCCGCAGAGCAACGAAAAUUCCAGUAGAAACACAAAAAAUAUGUGGCAUGGAAUCAUUGUGCUCUGCUGCAUGUGGAGUGCAUUUUUGUUGCACGACAGCCUGCAGCAAGAAAUCAGCAUCGGCGCCUUUUUCUACGACAAUGAACUGGAACUGGAGAAGGAAUUCAUGGCUGUGGUGAAUGCCAUUAACGGGCCCGAGGCGGAGCAGACUUUAAGGUUAAAUCCGUUGAUAAGGCGCCUCAAGCCGGAAGAUGGCAGCGUUAUUCUACAGGAAUACGCAUGCGAUCUUAUAGAUAAUGGUGUCGCAGCUAUUUUUGGACCAAGUUCACAGGCGGCCAACGAUAUUGUCGCCUUGGUGUGCAACAACACGGGCAUUCCGCACAUCGAGUUCGAUAUCUCCGACGAGGAGCAUCUGGAGGAGAAGCCCAACCACCAGAUGACCCUCAAUUUGUAUCCCUCGCAGCUGAUACUCUCCAAGGCGUACGCGGAUAUUGUGCACAAUUUUGGCUGGCGCAAAUUCACGAUUGUCUACGACGCCGACGAUGCCAAGGCCACGGCACGUCUGCAGGAUCUGCUGCAGCUGCGCGACGUGCACAACGAUGUGGUGCGUGUCCGCAAAUACCAAAAGGACGACGAUUAUCGCGUCAUGUGGAAGAGCAUCAAGGGCGAGCGCCGUGUCGUGCUCGACUGUGCGCCCGAUAUGCUCGUGGAGCUGCUCAACUCUUCCUCGGAAUUCGGUCUGACGGGACAGUUUAAUCACAUUUUCCUGACCAAUCUGGAGACGUACAACGAUCAUCUGGAGGAGCUGACCGCGGACAAUGAGACAUUUGCUGUGAACAUCACAGCCGCCCGAAUGCUGCUCAAUCCGCAGCCGCCAGCCCACACGCAGCUGUAUGGCUAUGUGACGCAGCGGGAUAAUGUUGUCUAUGAGAACAAUGAGCCGGCGCGCACCUUGAUCCACGACCUGCUGCACGAUGGACUCCAGAUGUUUGCACAGGCCUGGCGAAAUGCCACGUAUUUCUAUCCGGAACGGAUGUUGGUGCCGCGCAUGAAUUGCGAUUUUGCUGCUGCGGGCGGUCGCACCUGGCAAAUGGGUCGAUAUUUGACGCGCCUAAUGAAGGGGACUUCCGGCGUGAAUAGCAGCAGCUUUCGCACCAGCCAUUUGCAGUUUGACGAGGAUGGACAGCGAAUUAAUUUCAAUAUUGAGAUUUAUGACCCAACCGAUAAUAUAGGCGUGGCCGUGUGGGAUACACGCGGCCAGAUAACCCAGCUGGACCUGGACCAGAAGGUGCAGAAGAAGAUUGUCUAUCGCGUCGCCACGCGCAUCGGUCCGCCCUAUUUUAGCCGGAAUGAGACGGCAAUGGAACUCAAUCUGACCGGAAAUGCCAUCUACAAGGGCUACGCGGUGGACCUCAUCGAUGCCAUCGCCCAGGAGGUGGGCUUCGAGUACAUAUUUGUGCCCGUCGCGGAUCAGCAGUAUGGCAAGCAGGACAAGGACACGAAACAGUGGAACGGCAUCAUUGGCGAGAUUAUCAAUAAUGACGCCCACAUGGGCAUCUGCGACCUGACCAUCACCCAGGCGCGUCGCACGGCCGUGGACUUUACGGUGCCGUUCAUGCAGCUGGGCGUCAGCAUAUUGGCGUACAAGAGUCCGCACAAGGAGAAGGAGCUGCAUGCCUAUUUGGAGCCCUUCGGCGGUGAGGUGUGGAUCUGGAUACUCAUCUCCGUGUUCGCCAUGUCCUUUCUGAAGGUGAUCAUAGCGCGGAUUGCCCGUGCCGAGUGGGAGAAUCCGCAUCCGUGCAACCGGGAUCCGGACACGCUGGAGAAUCAAUGGCAUUUGCACAACACCUUCUGGCUGACCGUGGCCUCCAUAAUGACGGCCGGCUGCGAUAUUCUGCCGCGCAGUCCGCAGGUGCGUCUGUUUGAGGCCACGUGGUGGAUCUUUGCCAUUAUUAUUGCCAACUCGUAUACGGCCAAUUUGGCGGCCUUUCUGACCAGCUCCAAGAUGGAGGGCAGCAUCACAAACCUCAAGGAUCUCAGCUCCCAAAAGGAGGUCAAGUUCGGCACCAUCUACGGAGGCAGCACGUACAAUCUGCUCGCCGAGUCGAACGAGACGGUUUAUCGCCUGGCCUUCAAUUUGAUGAACAACGAUGAUCCCUCGGCCUAUACCAAGGACAACGAUGAGGGUGUCGAGCGUGUCCUGACCAGCUUCGGGGACUACAUGUUCCUCAUGGAGACGACCACGCUGGAGUACAAUCGCGAACAGCACUGCGAUCUGCGCUCCGUGGGCGAGAAGUUUGGCGAGAAACAUUAUGCGAUUGCCGUGCCCUUCGGGGCCGAAUAUCGCUCCAAUCUGAGCGUGGCCAUUCUGCGGCUCAGCGAGCGCGGCGAACUCUACAAUCUCAAGCAGAAAUGGUGGAAGAAUCCGAAUGCCAGCUGCUUUGAGGAGCCCGAUCCGGAUGCCACGCCCGACAUGACAUUCGAGGAGCUGCGCGGCAUUUUCUAUACCCUGUACGUGGGCAUUCUGAUUGCCUUUCUCAUUGGCUUUACCGAGUUUCUGCUCUACGUGCAGCAGGUGGCGCUCGAGGAACACCUCACGUUCAAGCAGGCGUUGAUUAAGGAAAUUCGCUUCGUGCUCUGCGUGUGGAACAACAAGAAGCCCAUCGUGAGCCCCGCCACGCCCAUCUCCAGUCUGGGCGCCACGCCGCGUCCCUCGCUGGAGAAGUCCUUCUUGGAGCGCACACCGAAGUCGGCGCGUCGCAUUGUCCUGGGCCGCUCCUCGGAGGAGAUGCGCGAGCUGCCGCUGACCACGCACAGCGGCAGCAACAGCCUGGAGCAGCGGGAGCGGGAGCGGACACAGGAGAGGGAGCGGGAGCGGGAGCGGGAGCGGGAGCGGCGGCAGCGGGAGGCGCGCGUCUGA